AUGGAGACGUUCUUCAAAAGGCACUUCACAAAGGCGCCAUCAGGGGUCAGGUUGCCUGGUCGGUGCCGACGGGCAGGUUGGCGCAUGGGAGGCCCGGUGCCCGGCAGUAAAGUCAGGCGCCGCUCGAAUGCGGGGAUGCCCUCGGCGUUGUUGGUGCAGAGGCGCCGGUCCAGCCUGCAGCUGCCGCACUGCCCCCACCACCUCCAUGCGCUGGCCAGGAGCAGCGGCCCACGCCGAAGGUCGAGCACCACCGCCCUCCACCUCAACCCCAGGUUCAUGGUCCAGCAGAAGCCGGGGAGCAAUUUGCGGGCCAUUGACAGCCACCUGCUCGGGCCCUCCGUGCUGCUGGCCAGCCUCAUUCAGAUGAGCGAGGAUGAAGAGGGCACAGCCCAGCCAGGCUGCGGGCUGAGGGCCGGCGCUGCUCCCGAUGACUCUGACAGCAACUGCUCCUCUUCUGGAGGCUCGGAGUCCUCGUCUGCGGGCAGGAGCCGGAGCGACCAGGAAGCGGGUGUGUGCACUCCCCCGGGGACCCCAGAGGCCCUCCAGCGUUCGACCUGGCGUUACAGGCCCGUCUACACCAAGCCUUUCCUGAGGGCCCCUCGCUGCCUGAGGAGGAACUCCUCUCACCUGGUCCCUGCCGAGUUGGUCCACACAGGGAAAGCGGCCUACGGGCUGCAAGGGAAAUACAGGAGACGGACUCAGCGGCGGCGAUCAAGCACCAUCCCUCUCCCUGGCACACAGCGGAGCUCGGUAGCAGCUUGCAUCCCUCCCGGUGAGCCAGAACUGUACCGGGUGGUGUCGGUGGGGAGCAGGAGACCUUCGCUGAACAUCAGUCGGCCGUCCCGCGCCCUGCCACCGCGGUGGAGGCACAGCGUCCGCAGAAAUUCCCUCCACUUGACCCACAGGAGCCCUGCGGCCAAACAUUCCCCAGCGUGGAGCAACUUCCUCUCAAAAGCCAUCGCUAAAUCUGGGCUUCAACAUCUGGUUGCUCAACCAAACCCGAACAUUUCACUUCGACAGGAUUCCGAUCGUGAAGUACGCAGCACGGUAGAUUGGACGGAGAAUGCACAGUAUGGGGAGCACAUCUGGUUUGAGACCAAUGUUUCUGGAGAUUUCUGUUAUGCCGGGGAGCAGAACUGUGUGGCCAAAAUGCUGCAGAAGUCAGUGUCACGGAAGAAAUGUGCUGCCUGCAAGAUUGUGGUUCACACACCCUGCAUUGAGCUUCUCGAGAAAAUAAGUUUUAGAUGUAAACCAACCUUCCGGGAGUCUGGGUCACGUAAUAUUAGAGAGCCCACGUUUGUACGGCACCACUGGGUUCAUCGGAGACGGCAAGAGGGGAAGUGCAAGCAGUGUGGUAAGGGUUUUCAGCAGAAGUUCACUUUUCACAGUAAGGAGAUUGUUGCAAUCAGCUGCUCCUGGUGUAAACAGGCAUAUCACAACAAGGUGACCUGCUUCAUGCUGCAACAGAUUGAGGAGCCGUGUACACUGGGCGCUCAUGCUGCUGUCAUUGUUCCCCCAACGUGGAUCAUACGGGUCAGACGAGCACAGAACUCACUGAAGUCAAGUAAAAAGAAAAAACGGACAUCGUUUAAGAGGAAAUCUAGCAAGAAAGGAGCCGAGGAAGGAAGAUGGAGGCCCUUUAUCAUAAAGCCUAUCCCAUCCUCACUGAUGAAACCGUUGUUGGUUUUUGUAAAUCCCAAAAGUGGUGGAAAUCAGGGAGCCAAGAUUAUCCAGUCGUUCAUGUGGUAUCUGAACCCGAGACAAGUGUUCGAUAUGUGUCAAGGAGGUCCCAAGGAGGCGUUAGAGCUCUACCGGAAGGUCCAGAACUUACGGAUCCUGGCCUGUGGAGGUGAUGGCACUGUGGGAUGGAUUCUGUCCAUUUUGGAUCAACUGCAGCUGAACCCCCAGCCUCCUGUGGCGGUGCUUCCUCUGGGAACAGGGAAUGAUCUCGCAAGAACCCUGAACUGGGGUGGGGGAUACACGGAUGAGCCUGUCUCCAAAAUCCUGUCUCACGUGGAAGAUGGCAACAUUGUGCAGCUGGAUCGGUGGAACCUGUAUGUGGAGAGAAAUGUGAGCGCAGUUCCUGAUGAACGCGAUGAAACAGCUGCAGAGAAGCUCCCCCUCGAUGUCUUCAACAACUACUUCAGCCUUGGAUUUGAUGCCCAUGUGACUCUGGAGUUUCAUGAGUCCCGAGAGGCCAAGCCAGAGAAAUUUAACAGUCGCUUUAGAAACAAAAUGUUCUACGCUGGGACAGCAUUUUCAGAUUUCCUAAUGCGAAGCUCCAAAGACUUAGCCAAACACAUCAAGGUGGUGUGCGAUGGGACAGACCUGACCUCGAAAAUUCAAGACCUGAAGCUUCAGUGCAUUGUAUUCCUAAACAUUCCAAGGUACUGUGCGGGCACAGUGCCAUGGGGAAAUCCAGGCGAGCAUCAUGAUUUUGAGCCGCAGCGUCAUGAUGAUGGUUACAUCGAGGUGAUUGGCUUCACCAUGGCAUCGUUGGCCGCCCUGCAAGUUGGUGGACAUGGCGAACGGCUGAACCAGUGCCGCGAAGUGAUCCUAACGACGUACAAGUCAAUCCCGAUGCAGGUGGAUGGGGAGCCAUGCAAGCUCGCGCCCUCAGUCAUUCGCAUUUCACUGCGGAAUCAGGCCAAUAUGGUCCAGAAAACCAAGAGGAGGACUUCCAUUCCACUACUCAAUGACCAGCAGACAAUACCCGAGCGCCUGAAGAUACCAGUGAAUCGGAUCAGCAUGCAUGACUACGAAGCCUUGCACUACGACAAGGAGAAACUGAAAGAAGCCUCGGUGCCCCUUGGUAUCAUCAUCAUCCCUGGCGACAGUGACCUGGAGAUCUGCCGCACCCAUAUUGAGAGGCUUCAGGAGGAUUUACCCCUGGCUCAUCCUUCCCUCCAGCGUUUGGUGCUGCAGGAGGACGAUGGCACUAAGUCUCGAACCUUGUCUUCACAGAAGUUAUCACCAAAAUGGUGUUUUUUGGACUCUACUACCGCUGAUCGAUUUUACAGAAUAGAUCGAGCGCAGGAACACUUACAUUAUGUGACUGACAUUUCCCAAGAUGAGCUCUUCAUUCUGGACCCAGAGCUUGUAAUCACCAAGGCAGUGAGCACCUCCCCAGGAAUGCCUGAUUUAGUUGGCUCACCUUGCUCCUUCACCUUCCCAUCAUGCUCUUCCUCACCACCAUUAUCACCUGUUCCAAGAAUUUUGGAUUUGCAGAAAACAUCCCAGAGGAAGCGUAUUUCUAGCGACAGUUCGGUUGCUGAGGCGCUUGCCCACAGUGAGUCGCUCAGAGCCUCAAAGCCUUUGCUCAGCAGGACAGGUGCCAAGAUAGCCAGUGUGCAUCGAUCGAACACAACAGCGGCAGACUUUAAACCAACAUCUGUACCAACGUUGACACAGGGACUAUUGUCAAGCCAGGCAGCAGCACGAGCUGAAACGCUUCCUACAUCCUCUACAGACGAGAGCAUUCUUCACGCAGUAAAGAACAAUGACGUGCAGCGGUUACGGGAAUUACAUAAAUCCGGGGCCAACCUAAUGUUUCGUGAUUCUGAGGGCCGCACCUUAUUGUAUCACGCUGUCACCAUGGGAAGCAAAGAGAUUGUGAAGUAUAUUCUUGACAAUGCCUCUCCAGAGAUACUGGACCUAACAGAGAAGGAGAAUGGUGAGACGGUCCUACACAAAGCAGCAGCACUCCGACAUCGAACCAUAUGCCACUUACUUGUGGAAGCUGGUGCUUCGUUAAUGAAGACCGAUUUGCAGGGCGACACGCCAAAAAACAAAGCAGAGAAGGCCAUGGACCUGGAGCUGGCCGCAUACCUGGAGAACCGGCAGCAUUACCAGAUGAUUCAGCGAGAGGAUCAGGAGACGGCUGUGUAGCGCUGAUGAGGAACUGAUGGCAAAUCUCCACCCCCACCCUCUUCACCCACUUCCCAAAGAUUGCAUGCCCGCUGCCACUUGUGACAACAUGGCUCGGUGGUGUUUCCACCAUCGGUCAGCCUCUUUGUGUGUGUGUGUGCGCGUGCGCGUGGAUGUGUGUAUGUUUGUGUGUGUGUGUGUGUGUUUUUUAUUCUCCCCUGUUGGCUAAACCACACCCUGGAGCAAAUGGGUGCCAAAACCAAAACUGGCAACAUGGCAGCCACUGGGUACCAAACAACGGUUUGAUUCUAACAAUGGUAACAGUCUGCCAGGUUGUUCCUCACCAACGUGAUGGGUAGACAGGCAAAGUUGACAGCUUCUCAUGAAGUUAGCUACUUGUGGUGAUGCAUUGGCACUCGUAACUUUAUGCUGUUUAAAUUGCACGUUACGUGGUUGCACUUUGUAGGCCCUAUUUCUGUAUCUGGGAUAUGCCCAGUGCUGUUUUUGCUGCUGAGACAGUAGCAACUCGAGAAGUAAUAUAAAAAAGAUCCAAGGUGAAUGCUCACUACUUUGUAGAGGGCAAGUGUACUAUAGUGCAAACUGAAAAUAUUAAUAUGGAUCUGAUGUCUCUAUUUUACAGCUGUAUUUUUAAGAGAAAACUGUGUGGAAAAGUAUACUUGUUUUGUGCACAUUGGAACUUUUAAUCGUGAGGAUGCUGUUUAAUGUUAAUUUUGAAUGAUGCCUGCUGCAAACUCACUGGAGUCUAAAAGACAGUGUGAUCAGGCUUCCGUAAUGUUUACAGUGCAGUGUGGGAAGGGAGGGGAAAAGAGUAGUUACAGCAAACAUCCAUUCUUAAUCACCAGGCGUCAAUAGUGCCCAACGAGAUGGAUAAGAUUGAGAAGUAGAACAGAGAGCAAUUUGGCAGAUGUAGGCUAAUGUAUGGUAUCUAGGACCUCACUUCCCACUGAAGAAUUGGCUUACUUGUGAGAGAUGGGGUCAGCUAAAUCCAUCCACCAUUUACAGACAUUUACCAAGUACCUUAUUAACAUGCUUUGUGUUUUUUUUUAAAUGAGUCCAAGUUGUUACUUUUAUUUGGGCAUUCAAGAGAAAGAGUGCAAAUCCUCAAAAACCACGUGUCAAAUUUUCUAGACACCUGCAACCUUCAUAUGGGGCCAUUGUAGUGAGAAAGCUGCCCAAUUCAGUCAGGUUUCUACAGAGACAUUUUAAAAGGGCCCUAUGUUUAAUCCCAGUUAAUGAGUGAACAUAUGAACGUAUGAUUUACAAUGCUUCCCAGGCUGAUGCUUGAUGAUGUCUAACAGAUAGAUUUGUUGAGAGUUGCUCUUGGCCUCCUCGAUGGCUCAAUUGGUUGAAAUACAUCGACCUGCAUGAUCCUGAGCCCCACAGACCGGGCAUGCCCCAGAUUCUACUCUUAGUCAGUGCCGAUGUCUCAUCAAAUCUGACACAGUGGGUCUAAGAUACUCAAGCCAACAGGUGGGGGCUGUGGAGCUUAGUGUCAAAAAGUCUUUCAUUUCCUGACCACUACAAGGAUUGUAAUCAAUGUCCCUUCCCUAGCAACCAUAUACAACCCAACUUGGACAUUAUAGGUAGUGUGCAAACAACUUGGCCAAGCACAUGGAAUGUUUGCAAUGCUCUGUUAUAGAUUCCCCUAUUACUGCACCCACCUAUGUGUAUUGUGGCUAAUUUAAAGUGUAUUUUUUCAUUCUGCUGUACCUCAUCCAAAUGGAGCAUUUUCUUCAAAACAUUGAAAAUUUUAAAGUAUAAUUUAAUCAGCUCCCAAGGGCACUAAUCCAUCAGAAAGGAAUCAUAGCACUUGAGCUAAGUAGUUUGAUGGUAAUCACCACCUAAAAAUACUAAACCCUUCGCCUUGUGUUUUCCCUUGCUAUGAAAAGCCAGUUUUUUGUCUUGCAGUCUUCACAAGACUUUCCUGUGACUCAAAAGUUACAAAUGAUCAAAUGAUGUACUUCUUGAAGUUUCCAAAUUGUGAUUCCGCAACAUUAGAGAUCCCUAACCCCACCUUAACUUCCCUCCCCUGCUUUCGGGUUUUCUCAUAAGCUGUCUCUGAGAAGCUUUUGAACAUUCUUCCUUAUCUUUAGGUUGAAAUGUUUCCGUUUUUUCUCACCUUGAAAGAGUCCCUUAUGUCGAAUCCUGUCUAUAAAUGCAGAUAGCUGUUACUGUUGAAAAGAGGUAACUCUGGUGAAUGACUGGUCGCGAGUAACUAACCUGUCAUCGGUCACGGGUAGACACCUUUAGAUUUUGCAGGUCCCAAACCAUGAAACCCAUCUGUCCCAAUUUCAAAAAGGUUUCCACUGCAAAAAUCUAGCAUAGUGUGGGGGAUCAGGAAAAGAAGUGUCUGAUUUGUAUAGAGGGGCGCUCAGUCUUAUUACACUGGUACACCCAGUUUUCCUUUCAAAAUAUCCAACCAAUUGGAUACCUAGCUCUGGCUAUUCCGGUUAUUGGUUUAGAAUAAUAUAUUAUCAUAUGACUUGACAUGAACUGAACACCAAGAUAGUACCGCUGGAGGGAGAAAGGACAUUUUCAUUACAUCAUAUGAUGAAGGGAAAGGAGCCCUGACUUUAUGGAGAUAAUUUAGUGAGGAUGAGAAAAUGAUGUGGGGAUAUACAAUAGACAGCAGAACCAGUAUCGACAGUUUUACACCAUUGCCAAAAGACCAACUCACCCGCAUGUCGAUACUCAAAAUGAAUGGAUUUAAUAAGAAAAAAAAACAAGGGUUUACAGACUUUCUGUCUCUGAUCUUACCUGGAAAACUAACACACAGCCCAGGAGGAAGGGAAGGAUUGAAUCCUAUGCCACACUGUCCUUAAAGCUGUCAUCCAGGAUUGCAGACAAGACAGAGAAAGCGACACUCCACACGAGUGGAGUGGAGAUAGGCUGCUCCAUUCUCUGCAAUCAACUGUGUAAAUAGGUUCCUUUGAACAAAACAAAAGAAGUCUGUCUGGUUGUAAAUUUUCCAAGAUCGUACAGUUAUUGUAAUAUUCCCAUGAGAAUCUCUUGAUGUGUAUCUGUGACAUUUUUGUGUGUAUAAUUACUUAAAUUUGGGCCCGUCUUUUGUAGAUUGGUAAAUCUUCGACGAUUGGCGGUUGUUUUUAUAUUUGCAGUUUGUGUGCGUGUAUGUUUCUGAAACAGAUGCCUCUAUUUGCCUUGUGUCAAAUGACUUGAUGCAACCGCGUUGUUCCUACUUGAAACUGUGAACCAAGUCCCAGCGUGUUCCUCACUGGGCUCAUUGUGAAGCUUUCCAGUCAGUGGACCAUGUAGCACAGUAUGUUGAUAGCACCAUAUUAGAUAUCACAGGUGAAGGAAUUGAGCCAGACAAAUUAGUUGUCAUGCUUUCCAUUCUCUUCUUCCCCACCCCAAUACACCCCACCAAUACAAAACGGGCUGGCAGCGGGAAGGCAGGAGAAAUGUAACGGGUGGAGUCUGCUGCUGGUUACUGAAGAAUUAUGCCAGUUUGAUGACUGUAACUUGCUAAUUACACUGGAUGAUAUUGUCGGAUGAACGGUUGACACAUUUUUAUUAAAUACCCCAGUAUCCUGCCUCUGUGCAGACGGCAAUCCAAUGCAAAAUGAAAGCUGACAAAGGAAUUAAAUGCAAAUAUGUCACACUGUAGCUCGUACUCAAAGAAGAGAAUCCACAUAGUAUGGAGACAGUAAGGACUGCGGAUGCUGAAAGCCAAAGUCAGUAAUGUGGAGCUGUAAGAACACAGCAGGUCAGACAGCAUCCCUUCGUCAGCACUCCCAGAUUGGUCUAUGUAUUUUCUUUUGUAGAUUUAGCAAUGUGUUUUAGCCCGAUUUAAACGUCUUUGAUUCUCAAACUCAAACAUGCGAGGAAAUGAUUGCUACUUCUGCUGAAGACAGUAGGGGAAAGACAAGGAGUAAAAGAUUGUUGGAGAUGGAGCCCAAAGAGCGAGAAUAGCAGUUGGUCAGACAAAGCACUGAGUAAUGGUUAGCAGGGAGAAAUAAAAGCUGCUAAUGAGGACCGUUGGUUGGUCAAAAUGGGUUGGCUGGGAUGUUGGAUAAGAGCAUAGGAGAAGGUGCUCAGGCCCUAAAAUUAUUGAACUUGAUAUUGAGUCCUGAAGGCUGCAUGGUCCCCAGGUGGAAAAUGAGGUGCUGUUGUUCUGGCUUAUGCUGAGCUUCACUGUAGUACUGCAAUGAGACUGAGAUGUUAUCCAGUGUCCACCAUAUUCCCAUCUAUGCCAUGGGUUUUAUUUGCAAUUAUCCUGUGUAAAGUUUCCUAUACUAUCACAUUUAUAAUGAUUGGGAAUUAAUGCAUCUUCUUUUCUGAGAUGCUAGUAAAGGGGAGGGAGGUGAUAUACAAGUUAGAGCAGCCUGGAAAAGGGGAUUCAGUAAAGACAGUGGGAGUUGGAGGUUAGAAUAGAGCUGUACGUUAGGUGUUACCUCUGGGAUCAACCAGAUUUAGCCCAUACUGAUAAGACACACCGUUCUUCCACUAUAUUCCUGAGUAAGUGAGUAGAACAAGUUUAAUCAUUCUGCAGUCGAUAGGAAUGUUAUUUAAGAGAGACCCUGGAGGUUUGUAAUGGGAGCUGGGUGGAACCUCACUAUAGCAUCACAAGGACCAAGAAUUCUUCAGUGGAACUGAAGCACAUUUUGGGGAAAAUUGCAAGCAAAUUUAAGACCAUACGAUGUAGGUGCAGAUGUAGGCCAUUCAACACAUCAAGGCUGCCCCACCAUUUAAUUUCCUCACAGCUGAUCCAAACAUUCUCCUACACGCUAAAAAUCUGUCUAUUUCAACUUUGAAUAUGAAGCAUAAUGCCCAACUAAAAAUUUGAAGCCUCAGAUUAAGAAUCUGACGUUCUACCAACUGGGCUGAUCUGGAUUUGAACCUUCAACCUCUCGCUUAUCAUUGUACAACACAUCGCAAAGCGAGGAACAUAUCUCCAAACCAACUUCUUUGCAUUCAGUGUCUCUAUAACUGAUGUGGGGAGUGAUGACUCUCAGUGCUCCAUUCUCCAGCACUACCAUCUUUUGCUUUGAUGAGUGCAAAGUUUGCAACAACUAAAAAUGCACCUGAAAGAGACAGCAGUUUUGAUGCUAAGCCCAGUCAUUUUCCUCACUCAGCUGUCUCACUCUCCCUAUUGGCUCUGAAGCAUAGUUUUAACUUCUGGUCUGUGUUGGUCACAGGGUGCCUGCACUUGGGAGAGGAAUGCUCAGCAAGAUUUUCCACUUUCUCACUGACCAAUGAGCUCUAUAUGUGUGGGUGCAUGUGAGGAUUUGAAUUGAGCUUGUUUGUGUCACACUGACUCAUAAAUAGUGGACACUCAAGUGAUCUUUCAUCACUGCCCAUCCAACAGGGCAAAAACAUUGUGGAAAUAGUGGAAAAGCUGUCACUUCCUCGUCAUCUUCCAUGCUCCAGAUCACAAAAGAAAACACCGAGCGACUUUAGAAGUGCCUCUAUAUACUGAUGGGAUGGUUUAUAUCAGAAUGAAGUCUUUUUGACAGGAAGCUGUUAUUCAUGACACGAUAAAAGAUGUGAGGAAAGGCUGUGUAUUGCUGACUUAGUGAGCAACAAGUCGGGACUUUGUAGCAACAUCCAUUUACUGGGUUGCAUAUAAAUGGAUUCGAUUGUAUUUGCAUCAGACUGGACCAAUAAAAAGAUGCAUAAAUGA